UGUGAUCUCUGCCGUGUAAUCCAUGCUGUUCUCCCUGUGUUUGAGCGGUUGUAAUUGGUCUUUAGUGAUGUCACAGCUGUUUCCAUAGUGACUCUGUGACAUCAUGGAUUAAAGGUUGGGUCCUUGCAGUCUUAAAUCUGCUAGUGCUGCUAGAUUCUGAAAACUCUUCUCAGCUUGGAAUUGCUCAAUGCUAAACACAUCCAAGGGAAUAUUAAAGAAUCCACAAGCACAAUGGAUGGCUUUUAUGAUCAGCAGGUCCCUUUCAUGGUCCCUGGGAAACCUUGCACAGAAGAAUGUCGAGGGAGGCCAGUGAAUGACAGAAAAAGGAAGUUUCAGGACACAGACUUGGCCCAUGAUUCUGAAGAAUUGUUUCAGGAUCUCAGUCAGAUGCAAGAGGCUUGGUUAGCUGAAGCCCAAGUCCCUGAUGAUGAACAGUUUGUCCCUGAUUUCCAGUCCGAUAACUUGGUACUUCAUGCACCACCCCCAGCAAAGAUCAAGAGGGAACUCCACAGCCCUUCUUCAGAACUGUCGACCUGCAGCCAUGAACAGGUGCUCUGUGCUAACUAUGGAGAAAAGUGCCUCUACAACUAUUGUGCCUACGAUAGGAAGCCCCCUACUGGGUUCAAGCCAUUAACUCCGCCCACCACCCCAGCAUCACCUGCACUCCAGAGCAGCUCCCUGCCGCCCCCACCUCUGGCAGCAGCUCCUGCACAGACUCCCACCCAUGUCAGCACAGCAGGCCCUCUGCAAGGAGCUCCCCCUCCACCUGCCCCUCAUGCUCUUCAGGAACCAAGGCAGCAAACCUUUGCUGUGCCUCGGCCACCUCAUCAACCCAUUCAGAUGCCAAAGAUGAUGCCUGAAAACCCGUAUCCAACAGAACACAGGUUUCAGAGACAGAUGUCUGAGCCUUGCCAUCCAUAUCCUCAGCCAGGACUUUCUGGGGACAAUCGCCCUGUCUACCACAGGCAGAUGUCGGAGCCUAUUGUUCCCGCUGCUGCCCAUCCUCCUCAGGGAUUCAAGCAGGAGUAUCACGACCCCCUCUAUGAUCAUGGGGUCCCAGGCAUUCCGGGGCCACCAAGGCAUGGAUUCCAGUCUCCAAUGGGAAUCAAACAAGAGCCCAGGGACUACUGCAUUGACUCAGAAGUGCCUAACUGCCAGUCAGCAUAUAUGAGAGGAGGCUACUUCCCCAACAGCCAUGAUGGGUUCUCCUAUGAGAAAGAUGCUCGGUUGUACUUCGAUGACACCUGUGUUGUACCAGAAAGGAUGGAAGGUAAAGUGAAGCAAGAGCCCGCAGUAUAUCGUGAAGGGCCUCCGUACCAGAGACGAGGGUCACUCCAGUUGUGGCAGUUCCUAGUUACACUCCUUGAUGACCCAGCCAAUGCCCACUUCAUUGCUUGGACUGGCAGGGGCAUGGAGUUCAAGCUGAUUGAGCCAGAAGAGGUUGCUCGUCGGUGGGGAAUCCAGAAGAAUCGGCCAGCUAUGAACUACGACAAGCUCAGCCGCUCUCUUCGUUACUACUAUGAAAAGGGCAUAAUGCAAAAGGUGGCUGGAGAGCGGUAUGUCUAUAAGUUUGUUUGUGACCCUGAUGCUCUCUUCUCCAUGGCCUUCCCCGACAAUCAGCGCCCAUUUUUGAAAGCUGAGCAAGACUGCCAUGUGAAUGAAGAUGACACCUUACCUCUGACACAUUUUGAAGAUAACUCUGCAUACCUCCUUGACCUGGAUCACUGCAGCAACCUCCCCUAUGCAGAGGGCUUUGCUUACUGACUUGCUGAUGUUGACAUUGGAGACUCCAGUUCCAACAAAUAAGGGCAAAUGGUUUUUGUAAAGAUUUUCUGCUGUUCAUAAAACUGCUCUUUGCAAAUAUUAUUGGAAGAGCCUAAAACCUUUCAUGGCCCUCCACCUGAAGACAGACUUUAGCAUGCCUAGCAAAUAGGACCUCCUGGUUGCUGAUCACUUCGGCUGCAACCAUGAAGAGAGGUUGGAGAGGGUGUUCCCUGUGCAGCUGUCUUCUGGGCCCUGUUGCUAGGCACAUGUGUGGUACACAUGUUCACAGGACUUGACUAAGUGUGUGGCUAGCAAAUUGUCAAGAAAAUAUGCUUUGUAACAAUCACAAUCCUUGUAUCUACCUUGUGUAAUGCAAAGGGCUUUGAUUUGCAGAGGGCAACCAAAGCAGUGUACAAGCCCUUUGGAAUGGGUCGCAGCUUAGUGUGGUGCUUCUGGCAUGGCUGGGUUGGCUCUGGGUUCUCAGUGCACAGCUCUUCGAUCUGAGGAAGGCUUCCUUUUCCUUUCCCGCCCCAUCCCCUUGGUCCAUCAUGAGCAGCCCAACCGAAAAGGCAGCACUUAGGCACCAGACCCCUAUGAGCCCAGCCAGCACUUUGCCACUUCUCUCUUUUUCAGGCUGUGCAUGAAUGGCUUGCUUUUAGGGCGCAGGGGGACUUGGUCGAAACUCUUUUUACGUUGUGGGGCAACAUUUGUAACCAGGUUUUUUGUAGGUUUUUGUAUUUAAGGCAAAUCCACCUUUUGGCAAAGGUGUUGCUUUCUUGCUCCCAGCAGCAUUGAUGCUAAGAGUGCUGCAGCUUGAGUGGCCUCUUUGGACCCAUUUUGUGCAGAUCUGCUUUGUGCUUUUCUGCACUGCUCAGGACACUUGGCACAGUGUGCUGUGUAUCUGGAAUGUGUUCCUGCACGGCAGCAAGUGCGGGUGGCUUGGCUUUUUCUGUGACUGGGAACUGUAUGUAUAUAAUACACGACACCCCCAGACAUUGGAACUUCCGCAAGGUAUGGCAGUUUUGACCCUAUGGCAGCACUGCCAAGUUACUACCUUUUCCAGGCCUCAUUGAGCUUGCAAGCAGAAGAGACACGCAGUGUGUAUUUUUAAUUUGUAGGUUGUGUUACCUUCGCUGAGGUGCUUCAUGCAAGCAGCAUAUUUUGAAAGGUUUUUUAAAAAAUAUAUACUACAACUUGGAUUUGUAAAAAUGCAAGUGGUGGGAGAAGGUCAGAGUAACUCGGUAUAUAUAGAACGUCUCUGGAUCCUUCUGAAAUUCCUUCUUCUCCUGCCUGGGAGUCACAUUGGCAUGCACCUGUAACAUGCUUGACCCGUAUAGACAUAUCUUUCCCUGUGGGCUCCAUGUUUUGUUGUAAAUGCUGUAUAGGAUUUCUUUUUCUGCUUUCAUAACUUUUGUUUGGGUUUUUGACUAACUUCACUUUUUUUUUUUUUAAGUAUGAAGAUUAACUCUUUGUAGACGACUCAGCAACUCUCCCCAGAAUGUAUCAUGUGGCCUGACUGUGGCCUGUCACAGAGCACAGGGCAGCAGCGGCAAACUGCUGCCACACCCCCAUCAUGCCCCAGGGCUUAACCAAACCAGUGGGGUUAGCUUUUUAUUAUUAAUUAUUAUUAUUAUUAUUAUUUGGAAUGGGAAGUCAAUAGUGCAGAAAGGGUUAAUCUGAGGAUUGAUGUGAAAUGACUAUUGCCUGAGCAGGACUAUAUAAUAUAUCUCCUGCAAAGCUGCAUUACAUUCUGUACUGUGUACAAUAAAGGAUUUUUUGCUUUCUGUUCAGGCA